AUGAUGGCCGCUGCUGCUUUGCAAAUUCAAAGCAAUGAAGACGAGGAGAGACAAUGGGGCGGAUCUUCGAAAGGUCGUACUUAUAAUGCUAGAGAUCGAGAGCUCAUGGAUCAACGACUUAAAGCUCAAUAUUUCACGGAUCCAUGCAGGUAUGAGCCAAAUAUAUUUCGUAGGCGGUAUCGAAUGCAACCUUGGGUCUUUGACAGGAUGAUACACGACGUGGCCAACUAUGAUUCAUAUUUUGUUCAAAAAAGAGAUGCGACCGGGAGAGUCAGCCUAUCCACUGAACAAAAGCUAACAUGCGCCAUAAGGCAACUCGCAUAUGGGAUCACAGCUGACUUCUUUGAUGAUUACAUGGAUAUUGCAAAAUCCACUGCCAUCGAGAUCUUGGAGCACUUCACCAGAGCAAUAUGGAAUGUGUACCACGAGCAAUACCUCCACCGACCAACACCGGCAGAUUUGCGACGCCUGCUCGACAAGGCUGCAGAUAGAGGAUUUCCAGGGAUGAUUGGGAGCCUUGAUUGUAUGCACUGGAGGUGA